UUCAUCUAGACGCGGACGCGGUGCGGCGAAGCAAAACCGGACGGGCUCUGCUCGCGCGAGGGCGAGUGCCUCCCGCGGCCGCUCGCCUCUUCCCGGGGAGGGAUCCAUGCGGUGUGUAGCUAGCCCCUCCUGUUGAAGAGAUCCAUGGGGACGGCCACGAUGGCGACGGCGGUGGGCGCGGCGAUGGUGCUGUAUUUCGUGCUGAGCAGGCGGUUGGGCCAGGAGGACGCCGCCGGCGGAGGGGGAGGAGGAGGAGGAGGGAGUGGAGCGGGGAAGAGGCGGAGGGGCCGGGUGGCGAAGCGCCCGGCGCAGCCGCCGGCGACGUGGAUCGAAGCGGUGGGCACGCUGGCGGAGACGCUGCGGUUCACCUACUCUGAGACGCUCGGGAAAUGGCCCAUCGGGGACCUCGCGUUCGGGAUCAAGUACCUCAUGCGCCGUCAGGGAAAUGUACAUGUGGCUAGUGUAUAUGCUGGAAGCAACUGCAUUGAACUGAAAGGGCCUGCAAUAAUGGAAGAACUUAUUGUUCUGAGACGACUAAUUGACUUGUGUUUUCUUUUCUCUAAGAAACCAUUUCCAGUCUUCCUGGAAUUAGCAGGCUUUUCGCGAGAUGAUGUUCUCAUUGAGGAACCUAAGGCAGGGAUUUUGAAGCCUGCUCAUACAAUCCUGCGUGAUGAAUGCACCAAAUCCUUCCUUGUGUUGAUUCGUGGAACACAUAGUAUGAAAGACACAUUGACUGCUGCUACUGGUGCUGUAGUACCAUUUCACCACUCACUUUUAGAUGAAGGUGGUGUCAGCAAGUUAGUGUUGGGAUAUGCACAUUGUGGAAUGGUUGCAGCAGCUCGCUGGAUUGCAAGAAGUAUAACACCAUGCCUCUGUCAAGCAGUCAGUCAAUGCCCAGACUACCAAAUCAGGGUUGUUGGCCAUUCAUUAGGUGGUGGUACUGCUGCAUUACUGACCUACAUUCUGAGAGAACACCAGGAGUUAUCCUCAACAACUUGUGUUGCCUUUGCUCCAGCUUCAUGCAUGACCUGGGAGUUAGCAGAAUCAGGCAAGCACUUUGUGAGAACUAUUGUCAAUGGUGCUGAUCUGGUUCCCACUGUAUCAACUUCAUCUAUAGAUGAUCUCCGUUCAGAGGUAACAGCAUCUUCAUGGCUGAAUGAUCUGAGGGAUCAGAUACAGCAGACACGCUUCCUAAAUGUUGUUUACCGGUCUGCUACUGCUAUAGGAACGCGCCUGCAAUCUUUUUCUGGUGCCAGAGAUAGGGUUGCAGGUGCUGGUGCACUUCUACGACCUGUUUCAAGCAAAACUCAGGUUGUGAUGAAACAGGCACAAAAUGUUGCACAGGCUGUCGCUAGGAGUAGGUCAGCAUUUUCUUCAUGGUCAUGCAUGGGUGCACGCCGUCGAGGUGUUGUAGUAGCUGCAAGCACUAAAGAGGAAAUAACUGCAGAAACCCACGUCACAUCUACAGCUAAUUCAGAGUCCUAUGUUUUAGAACAGCGCGGCACCAAAAUCAUGGAGGAGCUGCAGUAUACUGCAGAUAGUGUUUCAGUUCACGAGGAAACAGAAGAAGAGGCUCUUCUGAGUGAGAAUGAAGCCUCUAGGGAGCAUGCAGAAGAAGAAAUAACUGAAGGUGAGAUGUGGUUUGAGUUCGAGAAGGACCUGGAUCGGCAGGCUGAAGUGGAGGCACAGACCAGGCAGGAAGAAGCAGCUGCUGCCAAGGAAAUAAUGGAGGAGGAAAGUGCUGUCCUUAAAAACGUAGAGGAUAGGCAACCCUAUUCAUCUGAUAGUUUGGAGAGGCAGCAAUUCUACCCACCCGGUAGAAUCAUGCACAUGGUUGCCAUGCCUCCUGCAGAUUCUUGUCCUGAUGAUCCAGUUGCUACUGAUGAGUGCAGUGUGGGAAUAUACGAGACCCCAAGGGAUCUUUACAGCAAAAUCCGUUUAUCCAAUACCAUGAUCAAUGACCAUUACAUGCCGAUGUACAAGAAAACAAUGGAAAUAUUGAUUGAGAAGUUUGCGAACAAUGAUGACAACUUCUGUACAUAUUCGACAGUAGAAUAAUAUGAAUAACUUAUAACAUUAAAGUGUAUAGUAGUUUUCCUUUCAGUUUUUAACUCGGCCACUACCUAAUAUUGCAAUAUACUAGAGAUGUCCAGAUCUGUCAAAACAGAUUUAGCUAGAAGUUGUAUAUGUGAAAUGUGCAUAUGUAAAGGACAACGGAACUAGCGGAUGCUUAUUAACAUCUUGCAAACUGCAUUCAUGUCCUUCCGGAUAAAAAAAAAUAUUCCGCUAGCUUUGGAAUUUGAAACUUUGAAUUAUACUAAUCUUAAGAAGUUUUA